AUGAUGAUUAAGUAUAUAACUGUAAAAGUUAUUUUGUUUUUAGUAAUCCAAUUAAAAGCAAAAGAGCUAUGUACAGAGAUAGAAGGAUGUCUAAGUUGCACCAAUAACGCUAAUAAUUAAAAUUAAUGCACUUAAUGCGAUAUGGAUUACCAGUUAGAUUAAAAAUAAAAUGUAUGCAUUUACAUUAAAUGUAAUAACUAUUAAUUUUAUGACAAGAAUUAACAUGAUGGCACUUAAGAGAGCGGCUGUGUAGCCAUCUGUGAUUCUUCUACCUAACAAGAUGAUAAGACAAGCUUGUGUAAAACCUAAUUAAGAUGUAAUUCUUAAAGACCUUCAUAAAAAAUAAUGCAAGAAACAGUCAUCACAAAAGACUUUUUUAUAUAUCAAUCUGAUUAUUAUGUAGCCUAAAAAGAAGGAUCUCUGUUCGUUUAUAAUAGAACUGAUGUUUCUCUCAUAAAAACCAUAUUGUUUAUGAUGAAUUGA